AUGCCUAACUAUGCUAAGUUUAUGAAAGAACUCUUGUCUAGAAAGCAUAAGUUGCAGGAAUGUGACACAGUUGCUCUCACGGAAGAAUGUAGUGCAAUAAUCCAGAAAAAGUUUCCACCAAAGUUUCAAGAUCCAGGAAGUUUCAACAUUUUGAUUGCGAUAGGCAACAUUGAUGUUGGCCGGGCAUUGUGUGAUCUGGGAGCAAGAAUCAACCUUAUGCCGCUGUGUGUGAUGAAAAUUCUCGGAAUCUCCGAGUUGAAGCUGACAACAUUUUCACUCCAACUUGCUGAUAGAACAUUGAGAAGACCAAACAGAGUAAUAGAAGACGUACUUGUUAAAGUGGACAAGUUCAUCUUCCCUGCUGACUUCGUAGUCCUUGACAUGGACGAAGGAGGAGAAAUGCCUCUUUUGUUGGGUAGGCCAUUCCUUGCUACAGCAAGAGCCUUGAUAGAUGUGAAAAACGGAAAGCUGGAAUUGAGAAUGGAUGACGAAAAAGUCACCAUCGAUGUGUUCAAAGUUAUGAAGCAUGCAGGAGAUAAUGAUGACUGUUUUCGGGUAGACAUUCUUGAAGCACUCCUCCUUGAAAAAGAAGAUGAUCAGACUCUUGAAGAAGAGAAAUAA